AAAGAACCUCUUCAGAAAAAAUAAAAAAAGUUAAAAAAUUUUGUAAAUGGCCAACAAUAAAAUGAGUACCGCGGUAUUGUUACCGUAUUUAUUAUUAUUAAUUUUCCAGAUUCAUUUGGUUUAUUGUAGUCCGCUUAAUACUAUUGAUAAUGAAUAUCUUGAUAGUGUUCUUUUGAAUAAAAGGCAAAUAUACGACAAUAAUAUGGCAGUACCGUCAAUGACAUCGGCUGAACCAGACGAUUUUGGUUCAGGUUUUGAAUUAAAUAGACCUGGUCUUCAAAAACGAGCAGCGUACGGAUUUGAUGCGAGAAAUCCGUUAUACUUAAAUACAUACCAAGGUACAAAUCCUAAUUACGCAAAUGGUUAUGCACAAAACCCACCUCCAAAUGCAAUAUAUCGUCGAUACAUUGAUCCAUCAGCUGAAGGAGAAGAUUCACAACCUGAAUCCAGUAAUGACGAACCAUCUUAUUCAAAAAAACAAUCGUCUGAAGAGGCAGUGGACGAUGAGCCAGGCAUUGUUGAAAUGUUACUCGAUGGAAUAUUAGGAUCCAACAACGAAGCAGAAGAAAACGAAGAUUCAAAUAGUUCAAACGAUAGACGAAAUAUGCCAAAUAGUAAUGAAAAUUCAUCGCGUCAACCAAAUCAAUGGAACCCAUCAUCAUCAUCUAAAUCCGGUCUUGGUGAAAGAAGAAAUAAUAUGGAUACCUAUCCAGCAGCAAGUCACCGCAGUUCAAGAAGAAUUCCAAGAAACGAUCUCUCGUUGGAUAAUAUAUUGAAAGAGUUAGUGCAUGCCGUAUUUCCAAAAUCCAUAAGAGCUACUGGGCGAAGAGGACUCAGUGACGAUGUCUACUCAACAUUAUUCCACGCAAUUGAUUACGUUGCAGCAUUUGUUAUCGACCAGUUUUUAGAAUAAUAUGAUAUUUGUUCACUUUUCGAUAAUAAAUAUGCACAAUGAUUUUUGCUUGUUACAAUAACCAACUCCUUCCCCCU